AAUGCUUGCAAUAUUGUGCGCUUCCUCACCAAUCUUCGAGUUGAGCCGAUCCUUACCAUCUCAAACCUCUCUCUCUCUCUUCCACACUUGUCUCCCAUUGCAUCAUCUCCAUCUCCAUCUCCAUAUCCGCCAUUAUCGUUUUUCUCCAAUGCCACACGACAUCAUCUAGCCACAUUCAAUCACUCAUCACUGAUCCACCUUUUUUUCUGAUUUUGAUCGACAUGUUGCGAACUCUGGGGAUCAAUCUUCUGCGACGGACCGCGUGCCGACCUGCGUAUCGGUUGAUCGGCCCGUCAUUGGCUCGGCACAGCAGCAGCGGAGGUGAGGGAAAGAGCAGGAACGUGAAAGCGACGAAUCAUGCAGAGGCGAUGCGGCUGGCGAAUGUGGAGGCGCUCAGGGAGAAGCUAAGGAAGGAAGACAAGGAAGUAAUACCCUACGAUGAACUCGUCAAAAUCUGCUGCACCGCAGGCGUCGUCACCACCACCGAUGAGGCCGCGGCCUUCGCUCGGGUGUUAGACGACGCCGGCGUUGUCCUGCUCUUCCGCGACAGAGUUUACCUCCAUCCUGAUAAGGUGGUUGAUCUAGUGAGGAAAGCAGUGCCUCUGGCUCUCCUACCGGAGGAGGAGGCGUCGUGGAAGGCAGAGCUACAGAAGCUGCAAGAGAAGAAAGAAGAGAUCGACAUGGCUGCGCACAAGCAGGUGCGCGGAAUCCUGUGGGCAGGCCUUGGGCUGACUGUGAUGCAGGCAGGGCUCUUCUUCCGCCUCACCUUCUGGGAGUUCUCGUGGGAUGUGAUGGAGCCCAUCGCCUUCUUCACGACCUCAGCAGGGAUCGUGGUAGGCUACGCCUACUUCAUGUUCACUUCCAGAGACCCCAGCUACCAGGACCUGCUCAUGAGGCUCUUCCUGGCCAGGCAGAGGAAACUCAUCAAGAGGCACAACUUUGACGUGGCCAGGUUCAUCGAGCUGCAGAAGCACUCCAGGAUGCCUCAGUAUACAUGUGCAUCCGUCAAGAGGCAGAUCGGCCUCGACAUCGAUCCACAUGAUCUUCUGCAAGACCACUCUAACCAAAACUAACACCUAUUGUUUCCUUCUAUUCUUUUAGGUGGCUGCCUUAGCCAUUCUCA